AUCACACUCAUUUCUAGACUGACAGUGCCAGGGUUGGCUGCGCGGCGCUCCAGUAAAAUUAUUUAUUUUUUUACUAUUUUCAGCAGGCAUGUCUCUUUUUCGGAAUGUUGUGUCGAAGGCCUUGAGCUCCCCUCAGGCUGUGUGUCCCUUGUCAUGCAGCACCCGAGCUCAACCCUACUCAACUGAAAGCUCCAGCCUUAAAGAUGUCAUGAUGGAAAAAGUUCCUGCAAUGCAGGCUGAAGUUAAAGAAUUUAGAAAGCAGCAUGGCAAGACUCCUGUUGGUCAGGUCACUGUAGACAUGAUGUACGGUGGCAUGCGAGGCAUCAAGGGCCUUGUAACGGAGACAUCUGUGCUGGACCCGGAAGAGGGCAUCAGGUUCCGUGGCUACAGUCUUCCUGAGUGCCAGAAACUUCUUCCUAAAGCUGCUGGUGGAGAAGAGCCUCUCCCUGAAGGAACGUUUUGGCUUCUGCUCACUGGUGAUAUCCCCACUCAGAAGCAGGCUGAUAGUCUCAGUGAGGAGUGGGCUAACCGUGCAGACCUUCCCCCCUAUGUGCUGAAUAUGCUCAACAACUUCCCCUCAGCACUGCAUCCUAUGGCUCAGUUCUCUGCUGCGAUCACGGCCCUGAACUCCGAGAGCAAAUUUGCUAAGGCAUAUGCUCAGGGUGUGGCUAAAUCCAAGUACUGGGAGCUGUGCUACGAGGACUCCAUGAAUCUGAUAGCAAAGCUACCCACCGUCGCCGCUGUAAUUUACCGCAACCUUUAUCGCGAUGGAUCUUCUGUGAGCACCAUCGAUCCCAAGCUUGACUGGAGUGCUAACUUCACCAACAUGCUGGGCUAUGAAGACCCAAAGUUCACUGAGCUCAUGAGACUCUAUCUCACCAUCCACAGUGAUCAUGAGGGUGGCAAUGUGUCGGCUCAUACGUGCCACUUGGUGGGGUCAGCUCUCUCCGACCCGUACCUCUCAUUUGCUGCCGGCAUGAACGGUCUUGCUGGACCUCUGCACGGCCUUGCAAACCAAGAGGUUCUGGUUUGGCUCACUAAGCUGCGCAAGGAAGUCGGUGAUGAUGCAACUGAAGAGCAGCUAAAGGAGUUCAUUUGGGGCACACUCAAAGCUGGCCAGGUUGUGCCUGGCUAUGGCCACGCUGUGCUGCGAAAAACUGACCCUCGCUACACCUGCCAGAGAGAGUUUGCGCUCAAGCAUCUUCCAGAUGACAAGCUCUUCAAGCUUGUGUCUAAGGUGUACACGGUGGUGCCUGGCAUCCUUACGGAACUAGGAAAAGUAGCCAACCCCUGGCCAAACGUAGACGCCCACUCAGGCGUGCUGCUCCAGUACUAUGGCAUGACGGAGAUGUCCUACUACACAGUCCUCUUCGGCGUGUCUCGUGCGCUGGGCUGCUUGUCAUCUCUCAUCUGGGACCGCGCUCUUGGUUUGCCCAUUGAAAGACCCAAAUCUCUCAGCACCCAAGCCCUCAUGAAGAUGGUUAAGGCCAAUGCUGGGGCGUAGAAUUGUUUUAUUAAGAUGAAUAUGCAAGUUACUCGUAGCGAUGUGUUGUUGGGGGGAGUGUCACGUAAGGAAUUGUGUUACGGGGAUUGAAGUUGUAAACAGCGAUGCACGUUUGUGGAACGGUAGUGCUAUAUAAACGGCAGCUGAGUUCACCGAAAUUAGUCACGCUGAAUGCUACCUAUCCCUUGGGUAUGGUUUGGAUUUAGCUAUUUGCGGUUGUCCUGUCAAUGAUUGUGCUCUUAAACUGAUCUUCCAAGUUACAGCUCAUUCUAACUUCCGAUGUUCUAAAUGUGCGAUAUUUUCACGGCAGAUAAUAAUGCAUUUCCCACAAAUAUUCUUUACCAACGUUGACCUGCUAUCCAAAUCUUUCACUUUUGAACUUUCACUCCCUCGGUUGUCAUCAAGCUAAAGUUUCUUUCAGCGAAUUCAGUAUUAUACGCUUUUUCAGUUAUUUAUUCUGCUUCUUCUCUCAGCUUCGCCUGCUGCUAUUUAAUUUUUCUGAUUCAAUGCAAUUAAGAUUCUAAAUAUUUAAUAAGAAAUAUGCGUGUCAAAUGAGUUUUCAUAGCUUAAGUUGAAUUUAUCAGUCAUGCGGCUUUUAAGUUGAAACAAUUUUGAUGUGUAAAUAAUGUACUAUAGCUCAGAACUCUAUUGUUUGGCCCGCUGUAAAAUGAUCGGACGAGUUGGAAGUACAAUGAUCACUUGGAAA